ACCGUGCUUCUUAAGGCAUAUUGCUGCGGGAGUGAUGGCCGAGGAGGCCAUUCUUACGGGUGAUGACCUGAUGACAGGAGCGCCAUCUCCGUUGGUUCCUGCGGAGCUCUCGCCGUACGUGGUUGAAGGUCUGGACACGUGCACUACGGAAGUGAGGCGUCUGUUUCAGUGCCUAUACAAGAAUGAUGUGGAGCCCUUCUGUCAAGAUGAGCUUAUUUUAGUCAAGAGGUGCACGCAGGAACGGGACGAGUUGAUUCGCAAGCGUUUGAUGGACGGGGAAAAAACGCUCGGAUCUGUGAUGCCCCUGGAAAAGGUGAAAGAGCGAGACGACGCUCUCAAGGCGGAAUCGGAGUUACUCGAAAGGCGAUUGAUUCUCGCCAGCACAAUUGAAGGAGUCGAGGGGUUCCGUGUGCGGUGGAGACUGAAUGGGGAGCUGCUCGAUGUCAAUAGUCGACUCGAAGCUCUGCGGAAAGGUGCUGUCGGGCGGAAGGAUGGAUGAUUACGCUGACCUGCGUCCACCCCCCCCCCCGCCGUCACGAAAGGGCUUGUUUCUGACUUACUCUGCAGACCUAACCCUUGAGAAUC